ACGAGCUGAGCUUUAUUCCGAGCUUCUGUUGUAUUGCCCGCGCAGCAUAAGUUUGAAUCUCUAUUCUGCAGUUGAAGGUUACAUGUGACACAACUUAUUUUUACGUGGGCAAGUGAAGCGAAGUUGUCGUCGCUUGGUCCGCGUAGUACGGCGUACAGUCCGCGCGGCGCGGUUGAAAGGCGCCCAUCUCGGUUGACAGCGGCCCAGCCCUCGCUCGCUAUUUGCAGAACAAUGCAGGCUUAAUGUGCGCACGCCGCUACCGGGAAAGCGAGGAGGGAAAACGCGCGAAGUCGCCAGUCUCGGGCCGUGAGUGCGACCGGCCGCGCGCCGAAGCUCGCACGACGCAAGCGCCCUGGCGCUCGACGCCACGCGCCGCGCUCGCCGCGGCGUUACGUUUUCCGAAUCGACCGCUGACGGCAACACUGCCACCGUGACAGAAAUUCAGUGUCAAAAGGUGCGCGUGCGCGAGUUUUACAUCGCGAUGCAGCGUUGCCCCUACAUCCACGAGAUGAAGGAGCGGCUGCUUGGCGCCCCAAUAGACGCGGAGACUAAGGAACCCCAACGAGCGCCGCUUGAACGCCCGCUCGACAUUCAAGACAACCAGGUCGGCACCAUCGUCAAACUGAAUUCCGACGGGUACGGGUCGCACACGUCGCCGGCGCGCGCGCCGCUCGUCACGGACGAGUGUGAGGCGCCGCCGGACGAGACGGAGGCCCUGACGCCCACUGAGGCUGUGCUGCGGUACCGGGCCUGCUGCCAGCCUGAUACAACGCCCAAAAAUGCCAAAACUUCACUCUUUAUCAUCUCGAGUUUCAUCUACGCAAAACUUCUGGUGGUUGUGUGCAUCGCUUACGUCAUCAGUGAUGUCAUCACACACAACCUCCCCCUCUACUACUACGAAGGGUUCUUCACCUACCUGUAUGGCAUGAGCAUUCUGUUUUUGUUGUACGUCUUCUGCUUCCUACUCCAAGAAAGCACCUGCUGCAGUGGAAGCCCUCCAAAACCGAAGCCCCCGCCCAAGGAGAAGAAACCGAAGAAAGAAAAGGAAAAGAAAACCAAAGAUAAGGAAGCUAAGGAAGGCAAGGAUGGAAAAGACGGCAAGGAUAAGAAAGAUGGGAAAAAGGAAGGCAAGUCUAAGGACAAAGGGAAGGAAAAGGAUGAAAAGGAAAAGGCCAAGGAGUCCAAGAAACAAAGCCAAUUCCAGGAGGUGUAUCCCCGUAAGAUGCGUGAUAAAGUUCGUCAACAGCAAUUGCAAUUACAAAUGGCGCAAUUGUAUGCGUCUGACCAGCAACAACAAGAUAUUGUGGAAAUGGAAGCUGGGCCAGUUGCAAGACCGAUCCGUAGACGCAAGACCUCUCAGAACGACCACAGCCAUGGCAGCUUCUUCCUUCGAAUUGGAGCAAUUGCGUUUGGUCUCGGCACAAUGAUUUACAACGGGCUGGAGUUUGGCACAUUCUUCGAACUACCUCUGGAAUCUCCUUGCUACUUGAUCUUGAAGGGUGUUAACCCUGUCCUGCAAAUGGUGUUCACUUUUAUGCAAAUGUACUUUAUCUUCAUGAAUUCGCGGUUGAAUAUCCAUCGAUUCAAGGUGAUUGCCCGAUUUGGUUUGAUGCAUGUGGUUGCCACCAACAUCUGUGUUUGGAUCCGCACUCUAGUGUUGGAGUCUCUGAAGGAAAUUACCGACUACCACGUCAAAAAUCCUCAGGGUUACGCUGGUGAAGGCGUGUUAGGAAAAGUCAUCCGAAAGCACACUCUGAGGCAUUCCGGCAAAGUGUUCGGUGCUGCUUCUACUGCUGCUACCACUAUCGCAUCUACUGUCAUAACCACCGCUAAGACCACCGGAGAGCAACUUAUAAACGUUGUCACCUCCUCGACAGCCACUCCCUCCACUACUCCUACCACAAUGACCAACUCUUCCGAGAUUUUCGAGUCGUUCGACGGCCUCAACCCAGCUGCCCUGAUCGCCAAUAUUGAUAACACUACCGUCUGUGGCCGAAACCCAAUUAUGGGCACUAUCGUCUCUGACUCGGCACCUUAUCUCUACCCGUUCAUUAUUGAAUAUUCUCUCAUCGGCGCUGCAGUCAUUUACGUGAUGUGGAAGCACAUUGGGCGCUACCCCAGCGUGGCCAACGACGAAGAUCUGGAAAGACGUCUGGAGGCUGUUCUCUCCCGCAGGGCGGCGGCGCUUGCAGCAGCUCAGCGAGGCAACCGGGUUGAUUGUGCUGGGGCCUCCAAAGGACUUUUCUGUGGACUUCUCCUGCUCGUGGCCUCUCUCAUCUGUCUGAUACUCUUCUUCGUCCUGAUAAGACACCAAGAGUUGAAGCGCCUGUCGAUCUAUUUGGCUGAUGUAUCACACUGUGCUCUGAUGGUUCUGUCUAUACUGGCUAUUCUGAUCGGGUUUAUACGUUGUCGUGUUAUGAAAUGGAGCAAUACUCCUCCCUCCUGUACCGAGCCUCUCCGCAGGGUGCAAUCUUUGAAGUUCCGCUCCGAGGAACAGUCUGACCUGAACGACAUCUUGCUGCGUGUGUCUGCGUUUGGCCUCUUCGUGUACGCCGUGUUCAGCGUCAUCGCCGGUGGAAUGGGAGCCUUCACUCACGAACCCAACCUUCUCGUCAUGAUUACCGGCUGUUUAAGUGUGCUUCAAGUGGUUCUCCAAUUGCUGUUUAUCGCUGAUGUGUCCCGCCGUCGCGUCCACCUGCCCGAGCAAGAGCGCAGCAAGCCCGCCCGCCAAGCCGUCACCUUCCUCCUCAUCUGCAACGUUACCAUGUGGCUCAUCUACACCUUCGAAGCACAAAAAGUUCUUGCUAACCCUGUUCAGCUCGAUUUCUACGGCUUCGUGGCUUGGUCGCUGGUCCAGCGCUUCACUCUCCCGCUUUGCAUCUUCCACCGUUUCCACUCUGCUGUCACUCUAGCCGAAAUAUGGAAGACCAGCUACAAAGCGCGCCUGGAGUGAGCGACCCUGUUGCGUAUUGGAGACCUAAGUCCAAUCAAUAAACAUCCUAACAACUAGGAUGAAAGCUACAAAUUUCGUCCUCGUCCGGGACAGCAAUUUUUGUAGGUAGAACGAAUAAAAUUACUGCUAGUUUCAAACUCAUCUCGCUAUUCAAAGUGUUAGUAUAGGUGUGACGAAUUUAGAAAGGUAACAUUGCAUUUUAACAAUGUAGAAGUGAAUAAGUAAUUGCUCUCCCGGAAAGUAUUGUAGAUGACACGAUAUCGCACCUGGAUCUACCCUGCGGAUCAUCGUUAUGUUGGUUAUUAUUUGCUACGAUUCUUUCAUACUUCGUUUAUCUUUCACAUUCCAUUCUAUUUUAACAGAUUCAAUAAAAAUUAGGUUUCUUGAAAGACUGACUGUGGAGACUUUAAAGCGACCAAACAUACAUAUUUUUCAGCUCACUUUCUUUAAUAGAUACGUAAACAGAGUUGCUCAGAUUUCGGAAUUCUAUACCUGCGAAUUAUUUUCAAGUUUGGAUGAGAGGGUUUCAAAAAUGAUUUGAUCGAAACACGAUAAUAUUAUCUGACAAAUCCCAGUUGUGAAAAGUUCCCUCCUUUGUUAGAAAUAAUUUGUGUGCCAUGGUUUAGGGUUAAUUAAGGCUUGAUAAAAAUUGGACAAUAUUUUACAUUUUGGGCAAGUUGAAAGCAUUGUUUAUCUAAUCUUCUUUAUGACUGGUUUUCUUUGUUAUUUCUUUAUUUAUAGCGGUUAACUUUGUGUUAUUGACGAAUUUUACAUUUCAACACAAAAUGGGAGCCGUUUUGUGUAUAUAAAUUCAUAUUAUAUGUGUAGGAUAUAAAAUUAAAUAUAAAAUUAAUUACUAUAUUAAAGUUUCAGAAGAUUUAUUAGCCAACAUAAAUUUGAGGUAAACAAGUAGGAUUACAAUGAAGGUUUAUUAAAAUGUGGUAUCAUAAGAGGGUAGUUGACGUGUCUAAACUAUAUCUGAUUAAACGUACUUAACUAUAGAGAAGAGUAGACCAGCCGCUUCUGCCGCAGAGCGCCGCUUAAAACGGAUCAUUUGGGUACUUCAGUUUAGGAAACAUUUUUAUUGCAAAGGGGCCAUAAAAAUGUUGUUUUUUUAACAAGCACAUUUGUAGCGCUGAUGUUAGCAUGUUCAAAGAUGUGGUAACUCUAGAAUUAGUAUUAAGAGGAAUACUGGCAACAUUACUAGAUGUUGUGCGCGUAACUUCUACCUAUUAGUGUUUAUGAUUAAUCAAUUACAAUUUUGCGAAGUUUUAACAUGGGACUAAUUUCACUGCGUAUGUAAAACGCAAAGUACGUUAAAAUUUUCUCAGCAAAUAUUUUCGUAAUGGUUUUUGUGCAAUCUAUUUUUAUAGGCUGACUAAUUUACAUACCUGUCUAUUCGUGUAAUGCAAUGAUCAGACGUGAUUUUCACGCGAUAUCAUUUCUAUGUUAUGGAUUUUGUAUAAAAUAGUUCAUACUCGAUUAUUUAUAUUUAUUAAUUUUGUAAAUUAACUUGUAAGGUAAAAAUCGUAACUUAUUGCUCUAGAGUCUGAGAGUAAGGUGUGCUUACAUCGUGAGAAUUUGAGUGAACGUAGUUAGUUUUCGAUUGGUUUAAAAUAUUUUGAUGUUUACAAUAAUUAGUGGUUUAUGAUUAAUAGCCGUGGACGAAAAAAAAA